UUCCCUUUGCCAAAACAGAAUAACCAAUCAACAAUUAGAGUCCCCUCUCGUACUCUAGUGACUAGGGGCAACCUGACUCAGACUCACUCACUGACUAGCAGAAUGGCGUCCAUGGCAGCGAUGAGACUGAUGAGAGUGCCAUCGUCUAACGGAUCUUCAUCCAAUGAGAGGCGGAGGAGUGAACACGCUGGCACUGCUAGUCUAUCCUUCUCGGCUUCUCAGCUCUGCACCGGCAACCACAGGAUCGCCGCUUUGGGAGUCGUACGUCGCCGCAACAGAAACUCCGCUCCCGCGGUCGUUUCUCCCAAAGCCGUUUCCGACUCCAAAAACUCCCAGACUUGUCUCGACCCGGACGCCAGCCGAAGUGUGCUGGGUGUCAUUCUGGGCGGCGGAGCAGGGACGAGGCUGUACCCGCUCACGAAGAAGCGCGCGAAGCCGGCGGUUCCUCUGGGAGCGAACUACAGGCUGAUAGACAUCCCGGUGAGCAACUGCCUCAACAGCAACAUCUCCAAGAUCUAUGUGCUCACGCAAUUCAAUUCCGCCUCUCUCAACCGCCACCUUUCCCGCGCCUACGCCAGCAACAUGGGCGGUUACAAGAACGAGGGCUUUGUGGAAGUUCUCGCCGCCCAGCAGAGCCCCGAGAAUCCCAAUUGGUUCCAGGGUACUGCCGAUGCCGUGAGGCAGUACUUGUGGCUUUUUGAGGAGCACAACGUGUUGGAAUACCUGGUCCUUGCUGGGGACCAUUUGUACCGAAUGGAUUAUGAGAGGUUCAUCCAAGCGCACAGGGAAACCGAUGCCGACAUCACUGUGGCCGCACUGCCCAUGGAUGAGAAGCGCGCCACCGCCUUUGGUUUGAUGAAGAUUGAUGAAGAAGGCCGCAUCGUUGAGUUUGCCGAGAAACCCAAAGGAGACCAGCUCAAAGCCAUGAGGGUUGAUACUACCAUCUUGGGUCUCGACGAUGAGAGAGCAAAGGAGAUGCCUUACAUUGCUAGCAUGGGUAUUUAUGUUGUCAGCAAACAUGUCAUGCUGGAUCUGCUUCGACACAAGUUCCCUGGAGCUAAUGAUUUCGGGAGUGAAGUUAUUCCCGGUGCAACUGCCAUUGGGAUGAGAGUGCAAGCUUACUUGUAUGAUGGUUACUGGGAAGAUAUUGGUACAAUUGAGGCUUUUUAUAAUGCAAAUUUGGGGAUCACCAAAAAGCCAGUGCCAGAUUUUAGCUUCUAUGAUCGUUCGUCUCCCAUCUACACCCAACCUCGGUAUUUGCCUCCAUCCAAAAUGCUUGAUGCUGAUGUCACGGAUAGUGUUAUUGGCGAGGGUUGUGUAAUAAAGAAUUGUAAAAUUCACCAUUCUGUGGUUGGGCUUCGGUCUUGCAUAUCAGAGGGUGCAAUCAUUGAAGACACGCUAUUGAUGGGAGCUGAUUACUAUGAGACGGAUGCAGACAGGAGGUUUCUAGCUGCAAAGGGUAGUGUUCCAAUCGGUAUUGGCAAGAACUCUCACAUCAAGAGAGCUAUAAUUGACAAGAAUGCUCGAAUUGGGGACAAUGUGAAGAUUAUCAAUGGCGACAAUGUGCAAGAAGCAGCAAGGGAAACGGAUGGGUAUUUCAUUAAGAGCGGGAUUGUCACGGUGAUCAAGGAUGCCUUGAUUCCCAGUGGAACCGUAAUCUAGAAACGCCUUCAGCCGGUUCCUACUGGCGACGAAACUUGUUCCGAGUUCUUGGUUUGAGAAGCUGUUGUAGGAAGUAUACUUGCAUGAGGCUCUGUUUUCUAGUUCUGAUGUAUAUUUCCCACUAGUAUAAUGUAUAAUAGAGGAAGAGACCUCAAAGUUAUUUUUGUAAAAGUCUUUUUCUACUUGAAUAAGAAGCUUUCGUCUCCUACCAAAAAAAAGAAAAAAAGAAAAGAGAAGCUCUUGUCUACUAA